AAUUGAUUAAGACUAGGGCUCGCGAAUACCCCCCCGCCCAGACGCGAGCCCUCUUUCGUUUCGCCGCCUGCUGCCGCUGCCCGCCCGCUGCUCGCCGUGCGUCAUCGACGGAUACGCUUCCUACUCCUUCAUCUUCCUCCACCGCCUCCGCUUCUUCUUCCUCUUCCUCCUCUUCUUCCUUCGCUGCCCCUUCCCCUUCUCCUUCCUCUUACGAGUCACCGGUACGUACCGGUGAUUUCUAUAUCAUGUUUUUGCCACAUGAUUAAAGGUUUUUUAGUUGACCCGGACAAGAAUGAAAAAUCUGCAAAAAUGUUAUGAAAAAUGAGACAAUUUCUGGUAAACAACUGUCUCAACGUAUUUCUGAUUAUGAGAAGAAGCAAGAAUUGUUCUCUGUUUUCACUGUUGAGAACAAGUCUCAAAGAGCUGGUUUAUGAGAACACAGCCAAACGAGGCCUGUGGCUCUCCGCCUCAAGUCUUGUACAUGAAGAUCUCCAUCUCCACCCUCGAAUCCUUUCAAAUUUCUGCAUAAAUACUCGAUCUUUCAGCAUUCCUGUAAAGCGAUUUGAUCGUGCUAGCAAUUGCCGAGGCCUUGGUCAUCAUGACUUUCCAGAAGUUAGAGUAUCGAAUCGAUUUCUCUGCUCAUCAGAGGCCGGUAGUGGAGAAUUACCCAGGUGCUGGAACUGUGGUGGAGCUGCAGUAUCGCCUGGACCAUUCUUGGCUUGUGGAUUGUGUGGAAGCGUGCAGCCUGUGGACCAAUCAAUUGACUUCUUCCAGAUAUUUGGGCUGGAAAGAAAAUAUGAAAUAAAGGAUGGUAAUCUAGAAGGGAAGUAUAAAGAUUGGCAAAAGAAAUUGCAUCCUGACCUAGUGCAUUCAAAAUCUGAGAAGGAAAAGAUGUUUGCGGCUGAACAGUCUGCUCGAGUAAUUGAUGCAUAUCGGACUCUAAGCAAACCCCUACUGAGGGCAAUAUACCUGUUGAAACUGGAGGGUGUACAUGUUGAUGAAGAGAAGACAAUCACAGAUCCAGAUCUGCUUGCUGAGAUGAUGGACAUCCGAGAAGCUGUCGAAGAGGCAAAUGAUUCUCAUUCACUGAAUCAGAUACAGACUCAGGUAGAAGAAAAAUUUGAGAAAUGCUCAAGAUCAUUUGAGCAAGCAUUCAAAAUUCAUGACUUUGACAAUGCUAUAGCUGCAAUCGAACGAAUGAGAUAUCAUGACCGUGCCCUUGAAGAGAUCACAAAGAAACUUUGAUCCGGCUUGUUGAUGACACACAAAAUGAGUUCUCUUGAAAUCUUGAUCAGCAGCUACCAAUCGAGGUGAAUGCCAAUGCCGGCGUAGCUGGCACCUCAAUUAGCAUAUUUGCAUCUUUUCGGGGCAUUUUUCAGAUGGUUAUAAUCAAUAAGUUCAUCUGAAUGAACUAAUUUUGAUAUAUUGCCGUUUUAGAAUUUAUUUCUAUCUGUAACAAUUUUUUUUGUAAGGUUAUUUUUUUUGUUAUACGAGUGAUAGAAAAUAAUAAUUUAUAUGUGUAGAGUUACUACAUUUAUAUCGAUCUUUUCUACUUCUCAAUGUCGAUGGGAGCUUUGUAUAUUGGGGACGAACGUCACGUGACAUAUAUGAACGUCACGUGACAUAUAUGAAUAUCACGUGAGGAUACAGUGGUAUAGUUGCACGCUGCAAAGAAAAAUGUUCUUGCUACGUCUGCGACGCACCCGAUAUCAGCCACCCACUGUUGGAGUGGGAAGAGAAGAAGCCACCUAGUGGGGCCCACGUGGGCUCCAUGGCCUGUUCCCAAUCACGAGGCAGAUGAGACGCGUACAACACGCACGGGAUCACAACUGCUCUCAGGAACUGACUUACACCCUCGACGAUGUGUAUGCAUCCGUCCAUUUCAUCUUUCGCCAUUCCAUUGAGAGAGAGAGAGAGAGAGAGAGAGAGACAGAUGGGUUGGAAGCGGGAGAAAGAGGAGCCCUCGAGGCGGGGCUUCGGCGAUCUUGUGAACCCUAACCCUGAUCCUAACUCUCGAUUCGCGGCGGGCGAGGAGCGGUGCUCGACGCAGAUGGUGGUGCGAUCGACCUGCCGAACCGAAGAGGUCCAGCCCGGUAGGUUCGUCCGCAAGUGCGAGAAGACCGAACAAACCCUCAAGGAUUGCGUUGGAAGACCUGUCGAAUUAGUUGAAUCAAAAACCGAGCACACCGAAGAUGAUGUUACUGAUGAAGUGACCGGAGGAUUGUUUCCUUCUAACUCGCCAACAAUGGAGCCCUUUAAUUUUCCUGGGCUUCACAGUGACAUUGAAGGUAUUGAAGGGAGAUUGUUUGGUGGUUUUGGUAAUUUCUUGGAGGCAGCUGACGGGAUGGCAAAUGAGUUCUUCAAAUCUUUUGGAGACCCUUGUUGGCAUAAGCAUGAGUCGUUGCCUUUUCGUCAAUGGGAAACCGCCGAUGGGCAACCGAAGAAGGAUCCUUGGAAGAGAAGAACAAGGGAGUCAGAUUCUUCUGAAUCCGCUGGGCAGAUGACAGAUGUAUAAAAAUUGCUUAAAGUUUCUCUUCAUAGUGAACCAGUGGUUAUCAGAUGGAUUUAUUGAAGUCUAUUCCGCAUCAGAAGGUAGUUUUCAUUUCCAAACAAUAAUGCUUCUAGAUAAAGUUUUUUUUUGUGUCAAUAAAUGAAACAUAUUUUUUCCGAAAGAGUUCAGUAUCUUCUGCAGCAGAUCAUUGCAAACUAUAUUUUGUUUCACUUUUGCUGUGUCUGUAACUUCAGAUUUGUCUAACAAAUACAUGAUGAUUGAGGGUUUGCAAUUUCGAUUGUAA